GUGGCGGGAACGAAGCCACCCCUUCGGAUAGGAGCCUAGGGUUCGGUAAUGGCCAUUAUUGGGCCCUUCAGAAGCGUGGCCUGUGAGAAAAUAGGAUCUAACACAUACUCUAUUCCAUGAACCUCACUUGUGCACUCUUUAUCUUGUGGAACUGGCCAGCUGAGCUGUCACUCUGACAGCUGAUUCAGGGCCAUAGUUAUCCAAAACUCCACACAAUGCAGAGCACCAUAAGAUCAUUUUUUCAACCUCUGGCACGCAAAAAGGUUGAAGAACAGAUAGAAGAGAAUAGUCACGUGGAGAAGGUGCCCAGUCCAAAAAAGAAACCAGUAAAUUCUGAACAACUGAUAAAUAGUAGAGCACCUUGUACAGAGAAUUCUACAGCCAAAAAAGCUUCCCAGAUACUUAAUAGUGGAGAUGAAGUGAAUCCUCAGAAAUCAGAAAGGAAGAAUACAAAGACUGGGGAUAGCAAGCAGGAAUCUGUCUGUGUCACUGAGCAAAUAAACCCUGCAGAGAAUAUCUCCCCAAGCACCAGCCCAGCUGCCUCUAAUUCACCCUCACCUACCAGUAUCCCACGGCGAAAAACUGACUUAUCUCAAACUUUAGCCCGCAAGCAGAUCCCCAAACGGAAAGCAGAAGAAGAAGUCAACAGCCAUGAUAGCUCCCAGGAUAAUGGUAGUGCCAAGAGGCGGAAGGGAGAUGAUAAUGAUGGAGAUGGAUCAAAAGAGGAGCCAGAUGAGAGGCCCAUGGACUUAGAUGUGAAAGAUGAGAAAGAUAAAAAUUCAGAACUGGGAGAGCAUGAGACAGAAACCAAAACAGAGGAAGAGAAGAUGAUGGAACUCCAUAAGCCAUCCAGCAAACCCAUAUCUAGUUUUUUUGCCCCCAGAAAGACCUCUGUGAAGACAGAGAAAAAGACAAUGCCUGUCUUGGGGGAAAAGACACCUGCACUGAAGAGCCAUACUGAAGUCAACAACCAUGAGUCCAAUAGCUUUGCUGGCAAUUCUCUCAAGCCAUCUGUUAAACUUGAGCCGGCAGAGUACAACCCUGCAAAGAACAAUUAUCAUCCAGUCCAUGAUGCAUGCUGGGGUCCUGGUGAAAAGGUCCCAUACCUUGCUGUGGCUCGUACCUUUGAAAGGAUUGAAGAGGAAUCUGCCCGGUUGAAAAUUAUAGAGACCCUAAGCAAUCUGUUCCGCUCUGUGGUUGCCCUGUCUCCAGAAGACCUGCUUUCCUGCGUCUACCUCUGUCUUAAUCGAUUAGGCCCAGCAUACGAGGGCCUAGAGCUGGGUAUUGGCAAAACCAUCCUUAUGAAAGCUUUGGCUCAAGCCACAGGUCGACAGCUGGACCAAAUCAAGGCAGAGGCAGCAGAAAAGGGAGAUCUUGGACUAGUCGCUGAGAGUAGCCGUACCACACAGGGCAUCAUGUUUGCCCCACCCAAGCUUGGGGCUGCUGCCGUCUUUAGCAAACUGCAGGCCAUUGGGCGUAUGAUGGGAAGUUCUUCCAUGAAUAAGAAGAUUGAUAUUAUCAAGUCUCUGUUUGUUGCCUGUCGCCAUUCAGAGGCUCGCUACAUUGCACGGUCACUGGAAGGAAAGUUGCGAAUUGGUUUAGCAGAGCAGUCGGUUCUGUCAGCCCUGGCCCAGGCAGGAUCACUCACUCCUCCAGGGCAAAAAUUUCCUCCAGAGGUACUAGAUGCCGCAAAGGGCAAAUCUGCAGAGGCACGCAAAGCCUGGUUAGAUGAGAGAGCCUUGAUUGUUAAGCAAGCCUUCUGCGAGCUGCCAAAUUAUGACAUCAUUGUGCCUGUGCUUCUAGAGCAUGGCGUGGAGAGCUUGCCUCAACAUUGCAAGAUCACACCAGGGAUCCCCUUGAAGCCCAUGCUUGCUCAUCCAACAAAGGGCAUUGGGGAAGUAUUAAAGCGUUUUGAAGAAGCAGCUUUCACUUGUGAAUACAAGUAUGAUGGGGAGCGAGCCCAGAUUCAUAUCUUGGAGAAUGGAGAAGUGCACAUCUAUAGCCGGAACCAAGAGAACAACACAUCCAAGUAUCCUGACAUUGUCAGCCGUAUCCCCAAGGUGAAAAAGACAACUGUGAACUCCUGCAUCUUAGAUGCAGAGGCUGUGGCUUGGGAUCCUGAUUCCAAACAGAUCCAGCCAUUCCAGGUACUAACCACUCGCAAGCGCAAGGAUGUAGACGCCGCAGAUAUCAAAGUGCAAGUAUGUGUGUAUGCAUUUGACAUGCUCUAUCUCAAUGGGCAGUCGCUGGUCCAGAAACCCUUGUCACAGCGUCGGACUUUACUGCGUGACUCCUUCAUGGAGGUUGAAGGUCAGUUUCUCUUUGCUACCUCCAUGGACACUAGUAACACGGAUGAGAUAGCAGAAUUCCUCGAACGCUCCAUCAAAGAUUCCUGUGAAGGGCUAAUGGUGAAAACACUAGAAGUGGAUGCUACAUAUGAAAUCGCAAAGAGGUCCCACAAUUGGUUGAAGCUAAAAAAAGAUUAUCUGGAGGGAGUUGGAGAUACCCUGGACCUGGUGGUAAUCGGCGCCUACCUGGGCAAGGGCAAGCGUGCAGGGACAUACGGUGGUUUCCUCCUAGCCUGCUAUGAUGUGGAAAGUGAAGAGUUCCAGAGCAUCUGCAAGAUUGGCACUGGAUUCACAGAUGAAGCUCUUGAGAAGCUCCAUACCUCUCUCAAGGACCAUGUUAUUCCACAGCCACGGCCAUACUAUCGGUGGGGUGGUAUAGCAGAGCCUGACCACUGGCUGGAGGCCCAGCAUGUCUGGGAAGUGAAGUGUGCGGAUCUGUCAGUUUCUCCUGCCCACAAAGCGGCAACAGGAUUGGUGGAUGAAGACAAAGGUAUCUCACUUCGUUUCCCCAGAUUCCUGCGCAUCAGAGAUGAUAAGAAACCAGAGGAGGCCACUUCUAGCACCCAGGUGGCCGAGCUGUACUUCAAGCAGCAACAGAUCCAGAAUCAGCAGUCAAUUGAAAAAGGAGAUGAUGAUUUCUACUAAUAACUCUGUGUGGGUGAAGGGUCUUUAUUACUGGCUUCUCCCCUGGAAUGAAACUAGAAUCUCAUGUCCUCUUUAAGGCUUGCAUCUCAUGAAUCCAUUCCAACCACUUUCUGGUGCUUGGGCGUGUCCUGAAACUGGAUCCCGCUUUUCAUUCUUGGCAGUAGAUGAUAAUGCCUUGCAGUUAACAUUGUUAUUGGACGGCCCAAGUGAAGAGAAAGUGCUGGUCUAUUAAUAAACCUUGGCAUUUUGUACUA